AUGUGGUACGUUUACGUCGUGCUCGUAUCACUGCACCUCGUCUCUGGCCACCUGUCGCGUGUCGCGUGCGUGUCGGUGACCGUCUUGCUGCCACCAGGCCCAUGUUUCAACUGCGGUCAGUAUGGUUAUCACAUCGCUUCGAAGUGUCGAGCCUUUCCUCAGAACAGAAGUUGCUAUCAUUGUCGAUCGGCUGACCAUUUGGUGUCGCAAUGUCCCAAAAUGCAUGCCAAGCAUUUGGAGCAGUGCAGCGAUGGUCAAGACGACGACAGGCCGACUGUAUCAGCAUCGACGUUACUCCCGAUGAGCAACGGCGAAAGCGUCAAUGGGAGACCAGAAGCAGCCCGAGAAGGAAAUCGUCUAAACGGUGAUCCGCCAACUUCGAGAGUGCAGCCGGACCAGCUGGAAUGA